AUGUGCUCAAUAUGCCAAGAGCAAAGAAUAUUCAGUAUUUGCUGUACAAAACGGAGGUUGCGUGCGACAAGUAAGAACGCAGAAGAUACUUUUGACAAGUAUGGACCAUAUUCAACAUGUAGACCUGAUGGAGAAGGAGGACCAUGGGGAAAUCAAGUUUACAGAAUCGCAGGAAAAUCGACUAAAAUUGGCAUAAGAUAUACUUCGAUCGGAUGCUUCAGAGAUACAGGAAAUAGAGCGAUUCCUCAGGCAGAUGGCCGUUUUCAAUCCCUUCGAGAUAGUUAUCCACAACGAAAGGAUGCCAUUGCAAAAUGCGCGAGAGUUGCAACUGAUCUAGAAUACAAAGUCUUUGCUGUUCAAAACGGUGGAUGGUGUGCGACUGGUUCUGAGGCUCACAUGACUUAUCAAAAGUAUGGACCUUCAAAUGGUUGUAGAAAAGAUGGUGAAGGUGGACCAUGGGCUAAUCAUGUUUACGGUGUGAAUGGAUGGAAACCUGAGCCACUCAGUGAACUUUCACUUCUGGAUCUCGGUUGUUGGAGAGACAACGGAAAAAGGGCGAUUCCUGGAGUUGAUACCAUACUUACAAAACGAUAUGGACCUUAUACCGCAAGGAAGGAAGCCAUACAGAAAUGUGGUAUUUUUGCAAAGAGCAAAGGGUAUUCAGUAUUUGCUGUACAAAACGGAGGUUGGUGUGCGACAGUAAGAAUGCAGGAGGUACUUUUGACAAGUAUGGACCUUAUUCAACAUGUCGAAAAGAUGGCGAAGGAGGACCAUGGGGAAAUCAAGUUUACAAGAUUCUCGCUUCAACUACAUUGGGGUGUUACAAGGAUACUGGAAAUAGAGCAAUUCCACAGGCAGACGGAAAGAUUUCAAACAUUGAGGGACAAUUAUAAACAAAGAAGAAACGCAAUAGAAAAAUGUGCGAUGGUGGCUUCAUCUCUCGGAUAUAAAUUGUUUGCUGUUCAAAAUGGUGGAUGUGCGCCACUGGAAAAGGAUGCUCAUCUAACAUACGGAAAGUAUGGACUUUCAUCAAAUUGUGAGGAGGGUGGAAAAGUUUCUUUGAUUGAUCUGGGAUGUUGGAAAGACACCGGCAAUCGAGCGAUACCCAAGUGCUGA